AUGGAGGAAGGUCCCAACACUGAACUCGCCAAGGAGUUGCAGGAAUUGGAAGCUGCGAAUGCCCAGCUUUCUGCUCAGCUCUCGAGCUGCACCUGCGAGAAGACUAUGGCCAGUGAUAGACUUAGUGGUUUUAACUCGAUGGAGAAAAUGAAAGGGAAAAAAGUUGAUGAAGAUGAUCUCAGAAAUAAAUCGAAGGAGGAUGUGCCAGAUACACGUAGAGAAGAUAUGGUUUUGCAUCAUUUUCCGAGGCGGAAUGUUGCUCUAAAAGUUAUGUAUUUUGGUCCGAGUUACACAAUAUA